CGUGUGCUGUCCGCCAGAGCCAUCGAGAAGACACGGGUGGGAUGGGGAUGGAGGAGGAAGAGAAAGAAGAAACAGCAGACAAGGGAAGAGGAGGAGGCGUCCGAGAGAGUCUCGGGCAGUCACCUUCCAGGGACAGGACUCGCUGUUGCUGCCGCCCCGGCCCCGCAAAAGAGAGAGCGAGCCGCGGAGGUAAAGGAGAGCGCGCGGCUAGUGCGCCCAGGCGUGGGCUGCGCGGUGCGACUCCAGCGCACCACCUCUUCCUGUGGCUGCGGGAGAGUCCCGGGCAGCGGCAGCCCGCUCGGUGUUUAUGUAGAGCUGCCCGCUGCCGCCACGACUCCCAGGAGGCGUGGGUGGAUGCAGAGCUGCGGAGCGAGCUGAAGGCUGCUGAGAUGAGGGCUCCCUCCUCACUCCCAGGGCAGGGGGAGGGGGAACUAGAAGAGGAGGAGGCUGUCGCGGAGGAGGAGGGGGAAGAUGGGGAAUAUAUUUGCAUGUUAAACGCUGACGUUGUGCCUUUCUCCAACCCCACCGGGCUCGCAGCUUCGAGAGCUGCUGCGGUGACCCUUCGGUUUGCCCUUCUCCACCCCAGUUCCGCACUCAAAACCGAGUUAGAGCCGCGCUCUCUCCCUCAACUUUCUUUCUCUUCUAUAUUGAAGAAGAGGUGGAAAGAGGUGGGAGAGAGAAACUGGAGGGUUUUAGCAGGAAAGAGGCGUGGUCCUGAGCUUGGAUGGAGAGCUCUGCAUCUUUUAAGAACGCAUGAAACCUUAAGGGAAAAAAAGAUAAAACUUGCUGGGCUGUGCCUAGGAAAGUUGAAGCUAUAGCAGUUCUAAUUAGGCAGCAUCCUUACGUUACUGGAAGUUCUCCAGAGAGAAUCAAGAUUGACUAAAAUACUCUCCACUUAGAGCAAUGGGAGCAGAAUUUCCCCCAGCUCCAAGUUAAUGAUGAUGGUUCUACCAAUCAUAUGACUGAAAUCUGCAAUUGAACAAGUUUCAAGAAACUUGUGAAAGUCAUUGACUUCAAACCUGGAUAUGGAAGAAGAUAAGAAUUGGACACACAGGGAUUAAAUAAAAUGAAGAUUAAAUAAAUCUGAAAGAAGACAGAUACUGAAAGACUCUUAGAAAAACAUAUGCCAACAUCUAAAAGAAAAGGAGAACGCUUUCUGUCCAGAGUGCUGCCAAAGUGUUGUGACUAAGAAAUAAAAUCUUAAUAUGCA